AUGCACCUCGAUGCGGUCGCGGUAGGCCCCAUUCAACCACCACUGGUCUCGUUGGAAAUCACAACAGACAGUUCACUUCAAGGUUGGGGCGCCUGGUGCGAACUAGGGGCCGCGGGCGGCGCCUGGAACGAUGACGACCGUCUCCUUCAUAUCAGCGCCUUAGAACUCAAAGCCAUACUACUGGCGGUGCAACGGCUGGCUAGAAACCACGCCAACACGUCCAUUGCGGUGCGAACCGACAGCACCAAUGCGAUGCCCAGCAUCAACAACUUCGGCUCUUUGCAUUCGACUCCGCUGAACUUCCUGUCCAGACAACUUUGGGCGUGGGCCUUUGCACGCAACAUUUUUCUGAGGGCCUCGCACAUCCCGGGCCUUCAGAAUGAACUCGCCGACCAGCUGUCGCGAACAGUUUUAGACAACCACAGCUACUCCGUGAAACAACACGUAUUCGAUAGAUUGGAGUCCGCCCACGGGACGUUCGAAAUCGACCUCUUCGCCGAUUUCUCCAACUAUGAAGUCGCCACUUACUUCAGUUGGGUCAAAGACCCCUUUGCGCUUAGCGUCGACGCGUUCUUGUCCCGUUGGGACCCUUGGAGCAACCCCUAUGCGUUUCCGCCUUUCAAGCUCGUUGAUCGAACCCUCUCAUUUCUGGACAAUUUCCCAACGUGCGAACUCACGCUAAUCUGUCCUCUUUGGCCGACACAGCCAUGCUUCCCGAGGCUCCUGCAACGCUGCAUCGACGAACCAAUACUACUACCGGGGGAUGCCGACCUCAUCCUCGACCGCUCAGGAACGCCACACCCUCUGCUGGUAUCCCGGAAGCUCCAGUUAGCCGCCUGGCGUCUAGCUCCCCUGUCCUGUCAGGAGAAGCGAUCCACUUUCUGGAAAACUCUAUCAGACCAAGCACACGCGCUGCAUACAACUCAUGCUGGCGAAAUUGGCUUCGUUGGUGUCGAGAACGAGAUUCCCCUACGCAUCACGUUUCUCUAA